GAGUCUGUGACUUGUGAGUUUUGAUUUAAAUAACAGGUGGGGAUAUUUCUUCUUCCUCUCACUCUCCAUAUAACAUUUCACAUUGGCAACCUUUCUCAUUGAUUCCAUUGAACAGAGUGUGAACAGGAAGAGAUAGAUAGAGAGGCAAAAACAAACAUGUAAUGCAAAUGCAAAUGCAACAAUAAUCCCCUUUCCUUCCCUUCCCUUCCCGACAAAACCCUAUAGGAGUACACUACAUUACACACUAUCUAUCAACUGUGGAAAUUCAAUUAGGAAUGCCGUUUCUGAAUAUUCCAUAAACCCACACCCACUUUCUGUUUCUGCCCCCUUCCCUACCAAUUUUCCCUAUUUAUUUUUUCUUCUUCUUUCUAUUAUUAUGAGACUUUCCAUUCUGCAACCCCACCCCCACCCCCACCGGAUAAAGCGCUGGCCCCGCAUCGACGCGUCGUCCUUCCACCGCCGCAAGGACAAGGUGGUGGUGAUCAUGGGCGCCACCGGCUCUGGCAAGUCCCGUCUCUCCAUCGACCUUGCAACCCUCUUCCCCUCCUCCGAAAUCAUCAACUCCGACAAAAUGCAAGUCUAUCGCGGCCUCGACAUCACCACCAACAAGAUCCCCCCCGCCCAGCGCCGCGGCGUCCCCCACCACCUCCUCGGAGACGUCGACACCGACCACCACGGCGAGUUUUCCCCCGCCGACUUCCGUCACCGCGCCGCCGACCUCAUCGCCGACAUCACUCGCCGCAAAAACCUCCCCAUCGUCGUCGGCGGCUCCAACUCCUUCGUCCACGCCCUCCUCGUCCAAAACUUCGACCCUCACUCUCACUCAAACGUCUUCCAACAACAAGGGCUUAUAUCCUCUGAGUUGAGGUACAUGUGUUGCUUCCUCUGGGUCGACAUAGCCCUUCCCGUCUUAUCGCAAUAUUUAAGGGACCGAGUCGACGACAUGCUUAACUCGGGGAUGGUCGACGAGUUGGCUCAGUUCUUCGACCAAGACGCCGCGCGUCGAACCGGGUUCGGUCUCAGAAAGGCAAUUGGGGUUCCCGAGUUCGACCGGUUUUUUAAUAAAUACCCGCCCUCGAUGAGCCAGGGCGAUGAUCCUCUGCGGGAGAGUGCGUACCAGGAGGCGGUGCGGGCGAUUAAGGACAACACGUGCGAGUUGGCGGAGCGUCAGAUAGGGAAGAUCGAACGGUUGAAGCGCGCCGGCUGGGACCUACGGAGGAUAGACGCGACGGAGGCGUUUCGGGGGGUGCUGACGUCAGGCUCCGAUGUAUGGGAGAGACAGGUGUUGGAACCAAGCGUGAAGAUUGUGAAACGCUUCUUGAGGGAGUAGGUCUUCCAGCUAUAUCCAGCUAGCUACUACUCCUACUCAUACUCUCUCAUUUUUUAUUAUUUCUUUUUCUUUUCUUCUUCUUUCUGUUUAUUUUAUCCGACAAAAAAAAAAAAAAGAGAGAGAGAGACGAAAAAUUGAGUGUGGUGUGAGGGGAACAAGAAAAUAUACAAAAUGGGAAUGGAAAGUUCCAAUUUGGAUCACCUCACCCACUGGGUAAGUUUGUGCUAUCGGAGGAAUGAAUACGAGUGACCAAAAUUUGGGGUUUUGAAGUAGCUAGCGACAAUGAGGUUGUUAAGGUUUGCCACGUGUGAGAUUCCACAAUUUUUCUCCAGGCUGAUUUGGCAAGAGUAAUGUAAACAAAAAAAAAAGAGUGGAAACUAGUAUAGAAAUUGUUCACAAAUUUUGGUAGUAGUAGGGUUUUUUAUUUUUUAAUUGGAGGCGGAAAUUGUGAAACAGUUUCAUGUAUGCAAUGGAUGUAUGUGUAUGUCUCUCCCACUCUCUUUGUGUCUCUGAGUCACAUGAUGGGUGUGGACGAUGAAAUGAUGAGCAAAUUAAUCGCGUAGGAAAGUUUCCAACGGCAAGCAAAUACUAGUAGCUAGCAACAACACAUUUAUAUGUAUAUGGAUGACAUGGGUGGGUACAAAACGGAAUGAGACUAAAUUCUCUCCAACCCCAUUACAUCCUAUCGCUCUUCAAUUAACUAAAAGACAACCAUUCACUUUUUUUCUCUCUCUCUCUCCUCCUUUUCUUUCCUUGUAGUAGUAUUCUUUUUUAUGUGUGUUUUGGUUACCAAAAGGAAAGGGAUGGGGCAUUUCGGACUGUGAAUUUGUCUUGGCUUCGGAAGAAAUUCUGCUUGCUUGACAUCAAUAUCAAUAUAUGGCAUUUUGUUGUA